AUGGACGAAACGCAGCCGCUACUCCCCGCUGAGGCGGUCCCGCCCACAACCCUGGACGCUCACCAUGAUCAGACCUCCGACAAGAAUCUCGUCACCUUUGACCCCCAGGGUGACGAGGAAAAUCCUUUAGAUUGGCCAGAGGCUUACAAAUGGUGCAUUGUCGGAUUGAUGGCCUUUAUGGCCUUUACUGUUACCUUUACCUGCAUCUCUGUCGUACCUGUCGCAAAUCGCAUUGUAGCGGAUCUGGAUGACGGGCGAACCAGCAAGUCGGCCAGCGUUCUCCUGGUCACAAUCUGGGAGCUAGGCGAGGCCGCCGGACCGCUCUUAAUCGCGCCACUGUCGGAAAUGUAUGGCCGCUACCCAGUCAUGAAUGCUUGCAAUGUAGGCUUCAUCUUGACGACUCUCUUGGCAGUCCUUUCUGAGAACAGCACCAUGUUCAUUGCGGCUAGAGCACUGACUGGUGUCGUGGUGGCCACCAAUGUGCUGAAUCCUGCCAUUGUGGGUGACAUAUUCGUCACUGAGCGUAGGGGCUCUGCGAUGAGUCUGAUCUCGCUAGCUCCACUGACCGGAGGCGCUGUCGGGCCUCUAAUCAGUGUUGCUGUUUCCGAAACCCUUGGAUGGCGGGCUGUGUGCUGGAUGAGUAUCAUACUGGCGGGUAUUGCAGAGAUUGGAUUCCUUACCUGCUUCCGCGAGACGUACAAGGUGCCCAUAUUGAACCGUAAAGCUGCCAGGCUAAGACAGGAGACUGGAAAUGACAAAUUGAGGAGUGUGUACGACGAGGGUGCGCAUAGUAUUGCAAAGCUGCGCGAGGCUAUCAUGAGACCCCUGCUGGUGCUUUCCCAGUCUCUCGUCCUGCAGCUCGCGGCUCUUUGUGGCUCUGUCACUUUCACGUUUUUCUACAUCAUCUCGACAACCCUGCCGGAUAUUGUCGAAGGAGAAUUUCACCUCGACCCAGCGACAUCCGGAGCAGCUUUCAUCUUUUUCAGUGCUGGCUCAAUAACCAUUGCUCUCGUCUUGAACCGUGCUCUCGACAAGGUUUUUGUCAAGCUUCGCGACGCCAAUGAUGGCGUGGAUAGGCCCGAGUUCCGGCUGCCCUUCGUCAUCUUGGGGGGUUUCCUAUUUCCCCUCGCUAUCGCCUUUUACGGGUGGGUUCCUGCGCUGUCACUGCAGGUACCGUAUCUGUACCUGGCCAUCACCCUGUUUGGCGCCACCCUGCAGUUUUCCUUCAUGCCCCUAAUGACGUACGUCGUCGAUGCCUUUGGGCUGUACUCUGCUUCGGCGCUUACAGCCAUGAUCGUGACGCGCUGUCUCAUGAGUACCUUCCUGCCUCUCCUCGCAAAGCCAUUGAUUGACUCGUUUGGCUACGGAUGGGGAUUCACCGUUCUGGGCGCCAUGAUGCUGAGUCUUGCGCCCAUACCAAUUGCAAUCUUCAGAUAUGGUCACCGCUGGCGGCAGUGGACAAAGUAUACCAAGGACGAAUAG